GUUCAGAGCAAAGUCCGGAGCUGACAGGUAGCCUGGGCGAGAAAAAGUGAAAAAAACAUGAACAGUGAUGAAGAUCGUCUCUCGGCGCACGAUGACUAGUUACAUCUUGGCCAAACGAUAAGACCCGCGGAUUGGUCUCUUCCCUGCCUCUUCUCACCAAAUGGCAACCCCAAGACUCACCGGGGCGGAUUGUCCAGAUUGCGCCAUUGCCAUUAGUCCACUACUGCAGAGUGCAGACUCGUUUAGUCUGUUUCUCUUGGCGCUGCAUUGGUGUUCUCGUGAGUCAAACAACGGGUGGAUGGGGGAUGGGAGGAGGAGAGGCGAAGGAGGAGAAUCCCGCCAGUUGCUCAUUCGAUCCACCCGGUCGGAUAGGGCUGAAUUGAAGUGGAGGAUGCAGUCCAUGUACAGUCCUGUACUGCACUGUCCGGAUGAUUGUAUGGUAUGUAAGCUGGCUGACUGUGAGAAGUGUCAUCCACAACUUCAAGGUUGCAAUACAUUCCUACCACAUCGCACAGAACUUUCCACUCCAUCAACAUGAAGCAGCCCACCCGGUGAAAGAGAGCGUGGCAAUCGGGGCAGUCUGGUCUACCGACAGCGAUAGUCCCUUCUAGCCUCCCUCCCUCGUGCAUCAGCCUCCGAUCACCAAUUAUCCAUUAUUGCUUCUGCACGGCUCGGCGUUUUCUUCACCCUCUGCAGCCUGCAACCGAUAGUUAGCCCUAUCUCCUGUCUGCCUUA